CCGGUAAGGUAAAAUUGUACUUCUGAUCUGCCCUUAGACAUUCUACGUUCAAAUGUCAAAAAAUUACUUCACUGUUUAACCAGCUCUCUGGUUUGACAUUGCAAAAUCAAAAUAAACUUAUUUCGUUACCUGAAAAUAAAUUAUAUUUUCAGUCUCUAUAAUUUAACAUGAACUUGAAUACAGAUGAAUAUGAACAACAACUUCAAAGUGUUGAACAGUCACUUAAAACUGUAGAAGAUUUGGAAGAACGUACUGCACUAAACUCGCUCAAAGCAAACCUUGAAGAACUUAUUGAAUUAACUGAACAGACGAAUGCUGCGCAACUCAGAAAUACCGAAGAUGAGUUUAGCUUUAAGGAUGAGUUGGAGAGGUUUCAAAGGGAAAUAGCACUCUUGGAUAAUGUUAGUGUUGAUGCAACGGACACAACUAAAGCAGAUAUAGGACAAAAUUUAAUAGAACUAAAGUCUAAAUUAGAAGAAAUGGUGGGUGAGAAAUGCUCUGCACCACAUCAGCACUCUUGGGGAGCAAUAAGUUACCACAAUGCUAUAGUGUGUGGAAUAGAAGAAAUAGCUAAUAUUGACAGUGAGGGAGAACUAAAGGCACGAUUGCGAGUACUUUUCACAAAUCCUACACACAAAGAAAUGAUGCCUUGCUUAUUUUACCUUGAGGGAGAGUGUCGAUUUGAUGAAAAACAGUGUCAUUAUUCCCAUGGUGAGCUGGUAGAUGCUGAGAAGCUAGGACCAUAUACAGAACCAAAUUUUGAGCGACUUGCCCGAAAUUGUGUUGUACUUGCCAAAUUGCCAGAUCGCCUUUGGUAUCGAGGUCAUGUUAUUUGUACAAAUUUCGUGGAGCAAAUAUGUCGAGUUCGACUUGAUCGAAAUGAUGAAAAUUCACGAGAACGUGAUUUUCCUUUCGAAGAUUUACUGCCAAUAUCUCACGAGGACGACGUAUCCAGUAGCAGCACGGAUGAAUAUUGCGAAGAUGAUGACAGGGAUUAUUUAGAAGAUAUGAAUGACCAGAAACGAGAAAAUAUUAUAGAAAGAAGUUUGUUUGAAUUGAAUUCCACUGAACCGCUCGGCGAAUGGGAAAAGCAUACACGGGGAAUUGGUUCAAAAAUAAUGGCUAAAAUGGGAUAUGUCCAUGGCACUGGUUUAGGUUCAGAUGGAAGCGGCAUUGUCGUGCCGGUUUCAGCACAAAUUUUGCCUCAGGGAUGUUCUCUUGAUCGUUGCAUGGAGAUACGCGAAGCUGCUAAUGGAGAAAAAGACUUCUACAGCGUGGAAAAGAAAUUAAGAAUUCAACAGAAAAAACAAGAAGGCAUCAAUGCAAAGGCUUAUGAGCGGGAGACUCGACGAACAGAUGUAUUUUCAUUCAUCAAUGAAAACAUUUUAGGUGGAAAUACUGAAAUGAGAAAAAAAAUACAAAAAAAUACUUCACUUAGUAAUGAGACAAUGAAAUCCUUGAAUGUUGCUAGUGUACGGAUUGCGGAUGAUAUACGUCGAAAGGAGAGAGAAAUUUUAAAGUUACAAAAAUCGAUCGAACGUAAUCCCACGGGCUCAGAUAUAUCUAAAAGAUUGCAUCAGCAAUUGCAAAGUAAAACACAAGAAUUAAAUAAUUUGCGGAAAGAAGAAAACAUCCUUACUAAAGAACAAACGUCGAGAAAAAUAAAAGAUAAACUCUAUGUAUUUUAGAACAAAA